GCACUAUGGGUGAUGUGUCAUUUCUGAAACAGUUUCAGAUAAUUUUAUUUUGCACACCGAAUAAGUCCACAUCUAUCCCGAUAAUAUAGCAGACAGAAACUGCGCUUUCUUCUCAUAAGACACUCUCAGAGGAAAGACCUCACUGAUCGAGAAAAUAUGGCAUUCUCAACUUGAUCUCGUUUCUUCCGCCAUCUUGGUUGUUGUUGUUGUGUUGUGUCUAUCUUCUUGGGUCUGUAGCCGAUAUUAAGUCAGUCUUACAGGCAAGGAUUUAAAAGAACAGGUGAUGGAUCCUAGUAUUGAAUCCCCAAAUGAAGAGAAAGUGGUUGUGCCUCCAUACAAGAACAAUGAACAUUGUAACAAGGCAUUCCAAGUGAUGAACUCUUUGCGGCAACAGAACAUGCUUUGUGAUGUUGUUCUCAAGGCGGGCAGCAUAGAAAUACCUGUGCAUCGGGUGGUGCUGGCUUCGUCAAGUCCCUACUUCUUUGCAAUGUUUACUGGAGAACUAUCAGAGAGUAGACAGACUGUUGUUACACUAAAAGAGAUUGAUAGCUUGGCUUUGGAACUCCUGAUUGAGUUUGUGUAUAUAGCAGAGAUUGAAGUCACUGAGGACAAUGUGCAGGUGUUACUUCCAGCAGCAAAUCUACUUCAGCUGAAUGAAGUACGUGAUGCAUGUUGUGACUUCUUGAAAGCUCAGCUCCAUCCCUCAAACUGCCUAGGUAUCAGGGCCUUUGCAGAUAUGCACUCCUGCCCGGACCUCCUGCGUACUGGACACAUAUUUGCAGAGCAGCACUUCAGUGAGGUUGUACAAGGGGAUGAGUUCCUGGGCUUGCCAUUCAUGCAGGUUGCUGAGCUUAUCUCAAGUGAUCAGUUGACAGUGCCUUCAGAGGAAAAGGUGUUUGAGGCUGUGGUAAGAUGGGUUGGUCAUGACCCAGAGCAUCGUCACGAGUGCCUCGCCCUUCUAAUGGAGCAUGUUCGCUUACCCCUACUCUCGCGCGAAUACCUUGUCAGCCGGGUAGAGACUGAACUCAUGAUCAAAAACAGUGUGGCUUGUAAGGACUUCCUCAUUGAGGCCCUCAAGUACCAUCUGCUUACCAGCGAACAGCGAUCACUGUUACAGACACCCCGUACACGACCCAGGACACCAAUAGGAAUGCCUAAAGUCAUGUUUGUUGUUGGAGGGCAGGCCCCGAAAGCCAUACGCAGCGUGGAAUGCUAUGAUUUCAAGGGCGAGCGCUGGUAUCCCGUGGCGGAGAUGAACUCUCGCCGCUGCCGUGCUGGAGUGUCUGUGCUGGACGGGCUAGUGUACGCAGUAGGGGGCUUCAACGGCUCUUUGCGUGUGCGCACUGUCGAUUGUUACGACCCAAUCAAGGAUCAGUGGCGUCCUGCGGCGUCCAUGGAAGCGAGACGGAGCACUUUAGGCGCAGCCGUACUGAAUGGGCUACUGUACGCGAUCGGCGGCUUUGACGGGACCACCGGGCUUAACACGUGCGAGGUCUACGACCCGAAGUUAAACGAGUGGAGGCCGAUUGCACCGAUGAGCACCCGAAGAAGUAGCGUCGGCGUCGGAGUGCUGAAUGGAUUGUUGUACGCCGUUGGGGGAUACGACGGCGGGUCACGGCACUGCCUCAGCUCAGUCGAGUGUUACAGUCCUGCAAAUAAUGAAUGGACGCUUGUCCCGGAGAUGAGCACCCGCCGGAGCGGGGCCGGUGUGGGUGUGGCCUAUGGGGUGCUUUACGCGAUAGGGGGUCACGAUGGCCCCCAUGUACGUAAGAGCGUCGAGUGCUUUAAUGUGGACUUGAACACGUGGAAGCCUGUUGCUGAAAUGAGUAUGUGUCGGCGCAAUGCGGGCGUGGCGUCGGUAAACGGGCUUCUGUUCGUCGUGGGCGGAGAUGACGGGUCUACUAAUCUAGCCUCGGUUGAGGUGUACAACCCCCGGACUGAUCAGUGGGGGCUUUUACCCUCUUGCAUGAGCAUAGGGCGUAGCUACGCGGGCGUGGCCGUCAUCGAUAGACCGAACAAUACAUAGCAAAGUGUCGUGUGCAGUAGUAAGGUUGUCUAGUAAGGGCGUAGUUUAUUCUGUGCAGAUUUAACAACUUGAAACGAUCUGUGUACAGACAGAAUGAAAACUUGAUGCAGAGCCCUGUUUAUUAUUUACCAUAAAGAGCCUAGCAGUGUACAUAUUGAGCACCUAUCCUGUCAAAAUUGUUUUAAAAUAUUUUACUGUAAAUAUUAUAUACACUAAUACAAUCUGUGAUUAGUGACUA